UGACUGCCGUUACGACCGUACCGACCCAGUGGGCGCGUAGCUAUAGCCGGUCGAAACGUAAGGCAUAGUCAAUCUAAAUCAGUGUUUUGAUGGUUGAGGUUAUGUGUCUCUAAUGUUUACAAAUUAAUAAAACUUAGGAUAUGGCAGUUUUAUUAUAAAGCUUGUAUUUGUUUUAUAUGAAUAUACGUUAUUUAACUUUGGAUAUAGUCACAUUUCGGUCAAUAGUUUUAAAAGGGUGGAGCUUAGAGGUUGAAUUAUUCAUAACAUAACCUAGUAGUGGUAGAGAUAGUCGUAAUUUUCUAAGAAAGCAUAAAGAAAUCAACAUGUCGGAUGCUUGGGAAGAAAUCCAAGCUAUCAAAAGCAAAAGGAACAGUUUAAGAGAAAAAUUGCAGAAACGCAAGAAAGAAAGACAAGAUAUCCUCAAUCUGUCUGGAGGCUCCUCUGAUAACAAUGCUUCUCCUCUCAAUAAAAUCUUGCAGUCCGAGGGGGGAGGCAGUGGAGUUCCAUCACCAGUUACUGCUAAAAUUGUCGAUGAUGUGGAAGACUCAAACUCCCAGCCUGGAGUGGAGCCCAUGCGCCCAGAUCCUAGUGUGGAGGCCCAGCUGUUAUCUGUGUUGUGUGAACUGUCCCUCACUUUGCCCAUGACGUCCACGGCCCUUUGUGCGACAGUGGCCAAGCGCAUGGACAACCGUCCGGUGUCCCAUGAUGUCCUCACUAAUCUCCUCCUUAAGUUUGCCACUCAGCAGAUCAUCAGUGUGAAGGAGGGAUUCAAAGAUGGCAAGUCAGUGCUAGAAGUUGUUUCUGCAGAGCAUGCUAAACUUCUUGCAAUGGUGAAUGAAAUAAAUCCUGAUCCGAGUAGAUCAAAAGAAACUGAGCCUGCCAUCAAAGCCUCUAAUAAAAAGCGGAAAGAAAAGGAUCCUACAGAUGGAGAUGUCCCAGCAAAAACUGCAAAACUGACAACGACAGUGGAAAAAGAUGAGAAGAAAUCUAGAGAUAAAAAAGCUACAGAUAUCAUGUCUCUACUGUCAAUGCCUUCAAUCAAAGAGAAAGAAAAUAAGAAGCUUGGUGAAGAGAUCCUUGCUCUUCUAAGUCAGCCAACGGCUAAGGAGAGAUCGCUGGCUGAGAGGUUCCGGUCACAGGGCGGAGCUCAGGUGAUGGAGUUCUGUCCCCAUGGCACCCGGGCAGAGUGUGCCAAGAUGGGCCAAGAAACUUGCAAGAAGCUUCACUUCAAGAAGAUUAUCCAGAAACAUACAGAUGAGACUUUGGGAGACUGUUCAUUCUUAAAUACCUGCUUUCAUAUGGACACUUGCAAGUAUGUUCACUAUAAAGUAGAUGGCCCUACUGUUCCUUUGCCAAAAGACUCUGGAAGUGGGGACAGUGAAGAAAAAAAGAUAAUGAAGAAGAUAAGUCAGGAAACAACAAUUCUCUACCCUCCUCAGUGGGUCCAGUGUGAUUUGCGGUAUUUGGAUAUGACAGUAUUGGGAAAGUUUGCUGUUAUUAUGGCCGACCCACCGUGGGAUAUACACAUGGAACUUCCAUAUGGAACCAUGUCAGAUGAUGAGAUGAGACAGCUGGGCAUUCCAACCUUGCAAGACGAUGGUCUCAUCUUCCUCUGGGUUACAGGCAGAGCCAUGGAACUGGGCAGGGAGUGCCUGAAGCUGUGGGGCUACGAGAGAGUAGAUGAGAUCAUCUGGGUCAAGACCAACCAGUUGCAGAGGAUCAUCCGGACAGGAAGAACAGGCCACUGGCUCAACCACGGCAAGGAACACUGUUUGGUAGGCAUGAAGGGAAGUCCAGCCAACCUUAACCGAGGACUGGAUUGUGAUGUGAUUGUAGCGGAGGUGAGAGCGACCAGUCACAAGCCAGACGAGAUCUACGGUAUAAUCGAGCGGCUCUCCCCUGGUACUCGCAAGAUAGAGCUGUUUGGCCGUCCUCACAACGUUCAGCCCAAUUGGAUCACGUUGGGAAAUCAGGUGGAUGGCGUUCGUCUCGUAGACCCGGAACUGAUUGAAGCAUUCCGGAAACGGUAUCCGGAUGGGAACUGUAUGACACCACCAAAGACUUAAAAAUUUAGCUUGUAGUUGUGAUUACCUCAUUUUGAUUUUGGCUGUGAUUAAGUGUGGUAGACAACAAGAACAUCAAGGUGAAGAGGAGAUUGAAUAUGUAUGACGUGAGGGAAAAAUUAAUGACAAAGAAUGAAAAUAGAGAGUUGAAUGAAUAGCUUGUCAGUGGAAGAAUCUCUUGGUAUGAAUAUAAUGAGAGGAUCUGGGCCAAUUAAAAUUGACAAUCCAGCAAUUUAAAGUUUUAGAAAAAACUGCAAGAUAGAAACAUCUUGUAUGUUUAGAAAACUAAAUUAUCCCAACUUGUUCAAGGAUUCCAAAUAUCCUAAAAUCAAAUCCAGUCAGUUUUAAUUUGCAUCUGCUGGUAAUGUUUGAUAAUAUUUGUAGAUUUAAUGUAGCCAUUACAAUUUUUUAAGUUUUAGUCCAAUUCAAAUUUUGGUUAUGGUUCCUAUUUUUUAAUUCUGAUUACAAUUGAAAACUUUUCAUGCAGGUCUUGUGUUGUGCAAAAAUCAUUGUAAAAAAUAGGAUAAUAGAUACAGGAGUGAAAGAACAGGACAACUAAACAAACUUGAUAGUGUGUUGGUUCUUUAAUAAAGAACGUGACUGAAUGUUAUGGGUAAUGAACACACAUAGCAAUAGAAUAUUAUACCGCAUAACAUUGCGUGUUUAUUGUGGAAACAGUUUUUAAGUAAAUCAAUACAAAUAUUGAUAUACAAUGUUUGAUUCUAUAACACAUAUGUUUUGGUUGUAUUUUCAUCACUUGGAGGUCAGCUGCCACAGACAUCAUUUGAGUCACAUCUUGCUGAGGUCGUUAAAUGGUUUUGUAUUAACAUCUUCAAAUUUAAAUACGAAUCUACUGUCAUAAGAGUGGGUGAAUGUGGUCAUAGCAGCUAAUAUCAUAGUGAGAAAGAAUCAGCUGCUGUGUUUGAACAGAACCAGUACACUUAAAAAUGUUUAUACCAUUAAUCCACAUGUUGUGCCAUCCUCUAAUCCAUGGUCACUAAAAUGGCAAAAGGUAAGGAGUGAAAUGAAUUCCAUGUAAUUUCCCACUGUAGUGUGUAUUGAAGAAAAGACCUUCCAAACAUUGUCCGGCUUCUUUCCUGUACUCAAGAGUUUUUUAAAAAGUUAUGGGUUUAACAUAAAAAAACUCUUUUGCAAAAUUGUAUACAGUUUAUUAGUGAUGAAUGGACCUUCUGCAUUUUCAUUAGGUCAUAUCACAGGUGUGUAUUAUCACAGGUUGUGUAUGACAAAAGAUUUGAUGAGCUCCUUAAAAACAUUAUAAGUGUAUUGUAAUAUACUACAAAAUCUAAAAUCAAAUAAAAAUCAGCAUUGCAUUCAAACAAAUGUUGAUGUCCCUAUUAGUAUUAAAAAAUGUUCAAUACACGACUUACUUUGAAUAGAUAUUUAAAUGGGGAUUUAAUUACUCUUUAAUGUUUUUAAUGAUAAGACAAGUUAGUUUGAAGACAGAGAGCCCAUAGAAAUGGUCAGGUUUUACAGUUUUAACAAUUUUUUUACUUUUUAAAUCUUUAGGUUUUUCUCACUUUCUGCAUUCUGAGUACAAUUGUUUAAGAGACCCACCUUGGUAUUUACAUGUUUUAAAACAUUAGAGUUAACCUGCUAUUUGUUUUUUGUUUCCAGAUCAAUUGUUAAGUUCUGUUCGAAAUUCUUAAAAAUAAUUGAACUUUUAUGAGGCCAAUAUCAAAAAAGGGUUUUGAUUCAUCCUUCUCUGACGUGCUGAGGCUAUUGUAAUAUGCUCUUUACUAAACCAUUGUAAAUGACUAUCAGACUAUUUUGACUUUUUUUAAAUAAUGUUAGCUGUUUAAACCUUUUUGUAUUCCCUGAUAUUUGAUAGUGUAAAACAUGACAAGAGUCUACUUCAUUUAUUGUUUUGCACUUACAACCAUCCAAGUGCUUUGCAUUUACAUGAAACAGAUCAGUAUUAACUUGCAACAUGUACUAAUACUUUUAUGGCCGUUGCACUGGGAAUACGUAUGCCCCAAACAAUAAGCCCAAUAUUUUAACGUAAGACCUUAACAUGUGUUAUGCGUAUGUUAGAAACAUAACGUAAUCAGAAAUAGUAAUAUUUUUUGGUUACACAUUUGUGAAAAAUGUGAUAAAUUUUCAAAUAAAAAAUUGUAAGUGUAAAACUAAGUUUUGCGGAUUUAGCUCAAAGAAAAAAUGGUGGCAUCAGAAAGGUUAACUAAGUCAGUGACAGAGCAGUCAGUUCCUAUUCAUUUUAAUAGUAUAUAUCCUCUUACUGCAUUAAAAAAAUAGAUGCUUUGAAUUGUUCCAAAUAUUGUACAACAGACAGAGCUGAAAGAAGAUGUGUAUUAACCACAGUAUGAUCUUGUGGCCUUAUAGAUUUUAUGUAGACACACUUAGUUUUAGUGAUUAAAUAAGCCAAGAAUUGUAAUAUACUACAAAAUCUAAAAUCAAAUAAAAAUCAGCAUUGAUUCAAACAAAUGUACAUGUCCCUAUUAGUAUUGGUGUCUUGUAUAUUAACUCAUGGCAUUGCAUGUAUUUGGUUUAAUCUUACGACUAGUAAUGCCGUGCCUUACAGGGCAGUGUGCCCCGUUCCACUAGCACUAAUCCACACUGUGUGGUAGCCUUGGUACAAAACAGUAUUCUCUUGUCUCAACUGACCAAUGUGUUACUCUGAAUACAAAUAUGGUAUACUUGAUUUGUUAAAAAAACUACUGUACUUUAAAUGGUUUUUCACUAGAUUGGUGUUGCAUUUUCCCUGAAUUUUUGGGUUUCAUUGUUUCUGUUAAAUUGUAGAAAUUUUGGAAUUUUCCUGUGCAUCCCAGAUAGCAUCCAACCCUUUCAUUUAAAUAACAACGUCUAAAGUUAUCUAUAGUUAUGUAAAUGUUUUAUUAAAAAUACGUGUACAAAUCUUUUUACUUUAUAUGCUAUAUGUAUCCUUGUAAUAUUCAUGUUCCUGUAUAGAACAAAAAUCUAUAAAAAUAAAGCAUAUUUAUUUUAUUUUGUAUGUUAAUUUCAAGAUUGUUCAUUGUGAAACAAGAAUUAUAACUUGCACUACGCAUGUGGAAAUACCACCCAAGUUAUUGAAUAAAAAGAAAAUUAUGUGAUAUACUACUUCAUCAGUAUGUUUCAUCAGUUAGUAAAAAUAAAAAGUACAAUGUGAGGGCACCACUGUCUGCUACCUGUCUGCUGUACGUUAGUUCUAAAUGAAAAUUUGUUUAUCAUGUUAAAUAUAGCCUUGACAUUUUAAUGUUCUUAUAUUAAUUUAAUAAGAUCUAAGAAUUGUAUGUUAAAAUAAAGAGUAUUUUUUGCUUUUAUAAAUUGUUUUUGGAAUUUUUCAUCAGAAAAACAAGAAUUUUAACUCAUUUUUUGGGGUGCUAGCAAAUGGUUAUUGAGCAAAAAAGAAAAUUACCUAAUAGUCUAGCUAUAUAUAAGUUUGUUUUAGUUAAUAAAUAAAUAAAAACACAAAAGUACUUAUUUUUGUGUAACUGUGGUUUUAAGAGCAUCGGUUUCUGCUAGCACAACCCUUGUCUUUUUGUAAAUUUAUAUGUGUCAGUAAGCCAAUUUCUUUUGCUUGUAGAGUUUACUUUUAUAACAGGAAUACAUUUUUGUGCUCAACUGCACAGCUGUACUGAAUGUAUUCUAGGAUUAAUUUAUUAUGUGUUAAAUGUACAUUAUUUGUAGGAUUUGUAAUAAAUUAAAUUUUUAUUUAUUAAAAAAAAUAAAUAGUUUUAAAUUGUAUGCAUA